UCAGACUAAUGGACGACACAUAUUUCUGGAGCAAACAUGGAAGACCGUCGGCUGAGAAAGAUCGAGUUAGAAACUCCGUUGCUGAGCUCUGCCUGUCACAUUUGAAGAAAGAAGCAGCUGUAAUGAAGACGAUACAUGUAGAAUCUGAAGAAAAUCUGAAAUUCAAAGCACAGGAAGAUAUUGAUAUGUCACCAUUCAUUAUGUACUCUUUGAACAAAAAACGUCGAUGGGAAGCUGAAGAUGCAAUUGGUUUAGAACUUUUGGACAGAGCUCAAAAGCUGAAUGAUGGUUGGAAAGUUCUUCUCAUUGAGAGAGUUAAUCUUAGAAGUUGGUACUGGCCUAAUUGGAGCUACGGAUCAAAUCCAGAACGAUUCUCAGAAUAUUUCCGAAUUAAAGAUGUUCAUGAAUUAAGCAAAGAUGAUGCUUACAAACACAAAACUAUCGAUUCAGUGUUUGGACAAAGAUUUUCUCAUUUCAUGGAGGCAAAUAGAAAGCCUGUCAAGGAAGAAGAAGAAGUUAGCGAAGGAUCUUCAGAACCACUGGCUGCAUAUAAUUUCUUGAGAGCUCCAAAAAACUUUGUUUCAAUUCUGCAGAAAGAGUAUAAAGCAUCUAACCACGGUUGGGAAUGGCCACAUGUAGGUUAUUGGAGACGUGUUGAUCAGCUGAAAGACAAUCUUCUUGACUUGAGAUAUGGAGAAAUCGAAAAUCUGGAUGGUAAAGAUGUUGAUGAGCAUGAUGAUGUAGAACCAUCAGAGGACGUAGAGCGGAGUGAACCAUCAAAAUUCUACAAUCUUGAAGAGCAUCUAGUCGAUAAAUUUGUAGUUGUGAAGCGACGAAGACGGAAGAAUACGUGUUAAAUUUUAUGCUGGUUUCAAAGUUAAGAAUCUCAUUUUAUAAAAAAUAAAUCAAUUCAACUCUC